UGAGUGCUUUGAGGGUCUGAAAAAAAAAUUACGCUUUCGGCGAAUAAACAUUAUCGACGCGGGCAAACGGCGUGUGCGAAAUAUCAGUUGCCGACAGUGGAGUGUAUAUAUUUUCGCUAAAACAAUGGAAUCUUCAUCAGUAAUUGUGCUUGACUCGGAUUCGGAUGAUGGGGUGAUAGCGGACAAUCCCUCCAAUAGUAGAGGCGGUAAAAGGAAAGCAACACCAUCCCCGCACUCUGCCACCACCAUGCAUACCGGCCCUCAGCUAAAUGGAACGAGUGGCGGCAAUAGUGUUGUGACUGCUUCCGGAAGUGCACAGGAUCAUCCACCACAACGGAAACGCAUCAAACCGAUUACGAUCGCAACGAAUCUGUCGGAUAAGCAAUGGACCGACGGGAAAACACCACCACAUAAUAACAAUAAUCAGCCGAUUGUUGGUAACGAAAACUUCGCGACAAUCACUUACUCCGAGGAUUGGGAAAAGGAAAUUAAGCAAUAUCAGCAAAAGCUGGCCGGUGUUAGUGGAGACAACGGGGAACGUUCCUUGUCCGUACAGACAGCAACAGCGACAGUUACCGCCACUGCUACCAGUUGUCGCAACAGCAAUACAUCGAACGAUGAUACGCAACCAAACGGUAGUAGUAGAAGAAGUUCAACCGAUGCUAUGGAUAAAAGCGGUUCCGCAGCACAAGCUAGGGAUAAAAGUGCGUCUCGUAAAGCUCCAUCCAAACCGCUAGACAAAAAUCCAAUCGGCAAAGAAUUUCAGGAACUGCUGGAUGCUUGUCGUCAUGCGGACCGUUCUGAAGAUAUGGAAAUGUUGAUAAAGGGAAAGCUGAUCCGCUACUAUGAGAUCGUUCAUCCAGAUUAUGUAAACUCUAAAAGCUUCAAACAAGCAGUCGUACAAGUAACGGCCGGUAUACGGGCACAACCGAAUCUCGUAUUUUACCGGUUACGCGAAAUCGUGGAAGAGCUGAGUGCGCGGCGGAAAUCGCGCUCCGUUGCGCACCCCGUAGCAGAACAGGACAAUCAUGUACCGGCACAUGAGCUAAACUCGACCGGUAACGCUAAGAAAGAUCAACAAAUCGCCCUACUGAACCACACCCUGAAUCGUCUUGUGAAGCGCAUCAAACAACUAGAAGAGGCAGAGGUAGAUUUCAACCAGGAGAUAAAUUCCACCUACCUCAUGACUGAACGGUAUAAAAAGCGUGCAGUCGAGAUCUUUAAUAAGAUAUGCGACAUCACGGGGGAGGAUAAAAAUGCUCAGCGGUUGGUGCGGAAACCGAUUCAAUUCCAGGGCACGCAGUACGCGGAGUUCAAUCAAACGUUGUCGGUCUUCAUUAACAAAAACAAAACCGUGCCGGACUUUUGCGACGUGUUGAAAUGUUUGGAGCACUGCAACAUAAAGCACGACUACGGAUUACGAUCGGAGCGGACGAAUCGGAUCGCGCAGGAUGCCUUCAGUAAGGUGGCCAAACUGCUGCAGAAACGGCGCAAAACGGACCUUUACGAAACGGUGAUGUACCAUGCCGGGGCGGAGAAGGAUCCGGCCACGGCGGAUCCUAAGUUGCUCGCGAAGCUGGAGGAGAAUGGGAAACACUACAGCAAAGUGAACAGCAUUAUCGAUAAGUAUGUCGAGAAAGAGCUAAUUUUAAGAGAAGAAAAUCAUAAAAAGACAGAGAAAACCAAUACGCUCGCUGAGCAUAACAAUGAAACAAUGCCAUCCAGUAGCAAACCGAGCGCUACAGCCACGAGUUCGGGCACCACGUUUCCGAAUGGAAGGAGAAAUGCUAACAUUCUAGAACAUACCCAUGGCGCCGACGAUGAUGAUGAUGACGAUGAGGAUGAUGAUGAGUAUGAUGAGGAUGAGGAUGAUGCGGAGUCGACUACGAAGGAAAACGUCCAACCGUACUUGUUCGAGGAUGAUGUGGUCAUAUCCGACGACGAGGAGCUGAUCGUGCUAGAUUCGUAGCAUUCGCCAAAAAAAUUAAUUUUGUCUUAGUUUACAGAUUUAUUAAUUCGCGUGUUCAAGUUCUCACAUAUACGCAUCUAAAUGAUGGACUUAGUCCUAAUCUACACAUGGCUCUACAGUGACGGUAGCCGUUGCGCUGUAUCAGCGCAACUAGACUCGUCUCGUCAAAGCUUCGGCCUUGCUGAUCAUGUCACUAGUGUAACGCUGCAAGCAAUCGAAACGAGGAGGAGAAGGAGGUUGUAUAUCCGACAGUAUAUAACAAUUGGCGCCAUGAUCACGGACACGGUUGUUGUGAGUGAUAGUAAGUUAACCAUUAAGUUCAUUUCAUCUGAUCUCGUGUACGGGCAGAUAUUUGUCAAGCGACUGAAAUACGAAAGCUUUUCCAAAACGUAGCGUACAUAUAGUGUUGUAUAUACGGAACAAGAACGGGGUAUAGGCAGGCUGGCGACGGUGCCAUUCUGUGUGCAGUGGAAGAAGAAUAAACUACGAAAUAAAAAGGAAUUAUCCAUGU